AUGAACGCAACCAGCGACUCGAGUUGGCCGGCAUGGCUUUCAGUCGCAGGAGUCGUCCUCUCGUACACUCUCUUGAUCCUCUCCUACGCGCUGUAUCCUGUCUUCCUCCUAUUAAGAGCAAUAUGGUACAUUCUGGCGUCUCUGUCAGCGCCGUUUAUAUACAUGGGACGUGUCGUGGCACACUUUUCGCUGAUCCCAUGGCGCAUCUUCGCCGCUUUCGAGCCUGUCUGGUACUUUCUCGGUAGCGCGGUUCUGCUGGGCCUCCUCUUCGCGCUUGCCUUGCAUUUCACCAUGCGCAUCUUUGUGGUUGUAUUCCGCCUCGAUCGCAGCGCUCCGCAGCCGAUCCCAGCCAGAGGCCACGAUGCCGUAUCGUACAGAAAGGCAAGAGAAGCAAAGAAAAGAAAGCAACUGGACGAACAACAGAGACUAGCCGCCGAGGCCAGGUUGAUUGCUUCGCAACCCUUGUUACAGGAAGUGCCCCGUGAGCCCAAGCAAUACGGCACCAAGCCGGCCGGGCCUUUUGCAGGAGACGAUCCUGGAACAUAG